AUGAGCACAUAUCGUGCCACUGAGAAUUAUGUGUAUGAAACAGACGAAUGUAUCGGGCGUGGCGCCACUGGCGAUGUAUACAAAGGUGUACACAAGAAGGAAAGUGCCAAACCAAUCCUAGUGAUGGAACUGUGUGAGAAAGGGAACCUGCUGGAGGUCCUAAGGGAGCCCAGCAAUGCCUUUGGUCUCCCAGAGGAAGAGUACCUCAGAUUCUUUAGUCAUUUAGUGUCUAGCAUGAAGCACCUUCGUCAAAAUGGAUUCUCCCAUCGCGAUAUAAAACCCGGAAACAUCUUAGUUUAUGUCUACAAUAUCUCUGACUUUGGGACAACUAAACCUCUCAAGGAUGGAGAUUUCUUCCAGUCUUUAGUCGGUACAGAAGAAUACUUGCAUCCGAACAUCUUCAAGGCGGCCUUCAUUGAACGCCACAGACCGCAGGAGUUUGACAUCUCUGUAGACUUGUGGAGUCUGGGAGCCACACUCUAUCACACCGCCACUGGGAAGGUUCCAUUUCAGCCGUUUCAUGGGAGCGGGGACAAACAUACCAUGUUUCAAAUGAUAUCUCAUAAAGAAUCUGGAGUGAUAUCUGUUGAACAGACAUCUGCCACUGGAGAUAUCAUUUGGUCUAAAGAGUUACCCAAAACCUGCAGGCUAUCAAAGUUUUCUGAGUUACUGAGGUGCGAUUAGGAGCAGACCUACACCCACAUCAAAUCACAAUGCUUCAUGUUUCACAACCAGGACCUCAAGGAGUCUGUUUCUCUGGAGGAGCCAGUGAGGUCCUACCCAGUAAUCUCAGCGGAGAUGCCUAUUGUGGUGUUACCUCUCAGAGAGGGGACCUCGCUACUACAAGGAUACCAGUGGACUCUAAAGUCAACCUAA